UUUUACCUUAAAAAUAAGAGAGAGAAUGGUUUCCCGGUUUCAGUAUAAUAGUACUUUUCCUUUUGCUUUUUUCUUUCCCCAAUUGCAAGAGAGUUCGAUUCCAAACCGUUUUAGGGUUCUCUUAGGUCUGCUUAAAGUCUCCACCGUUAUAUAUAUACCUUCACUGUAGAGAGCGCUCCAUCUAUGUAUACACAUAUACAUACAAAGAGAGAGGAUUUUUAGGGUUCGUGCGUGAGGGAGAAGAUCGAUUUGAUCGAUCAAUGGCGGAGGAAAACACCAAAUCCAAAGGCACUGUGAGGUGGUUCAACGACCACAAGGGUUACGGAUUCAUCAAUCCGGAGGAUGGUAGCGACGAUCUCUUCGUUCAUCAAUCGGCGAUCAAAUCCGACGGCUUCCGUACCCUCAAAGUAGGUCAGUCCGUCGAGUUCUUGAUCGUUUUGGAGAACGGCCGCACCAAAGCCGUUGAAGUCACCGGUCCUAACGGAACUUCCGUUGAGCAGACCCGGAAAGAGGGUUACGGGGGAGGAAGAGGAGGCCGUGGGGGUGGUGGUGGUGGUGGUUACGGUGGAAGGGACGGCGGCAGGGACGGCGGUGGGUAUGGGUAUAAUGGCGGAUGGAGAGGCAGGGAAAGGGACGGUGGGGGCGGCAAUGUGUAUCGUGGUGGUGGCGCUGGUUCCGGUGCAUGCUAUAGCUGUGGAAGGACUGGGCACCUGGCCAGGGAUUGCCGUAGUAACAAUGGCGGCGGCGGCGGUAAUGGGGGAUGUUAUAACUGCGGUGAGCAUGGGCACUUAGCAAGGGACUGCCCUGGCGGCGGUGGUGGCAGAGGCAGUGGUGGUGGUGGUGGUGGUGGUGGUGGUUGUUAUACCUGUGGGGAGAUUGGGCACUUGGCAAGGGAUUGUUCCCAGGAAGGUAAAGCUGGCGGCGGCAGGGGUGGUGGUUUUGGGAGGUAUGGAGGCGGAGGCGGUGGCGAUAACGCUUGCUACAACUGUGGGAAGCAAGGCCAUUUUGCUAGAGAAUGCACUGAGCUUUCUCGAUCUCAAACAACAGAAUAUGAGUAAUCGGCUGUGAUCUCUAUUUCUUUUCCUCUGAUUUUUUUUUGCUCCUUUUUUUCAGUUGGUUUUUGGUGGGUUAUACAUACAUAGGAUGGUUUUUGAAAUAGUUCGUGUCUUGAUCCACUCUUUGCAAAGAACUUUCUGGCUAGUAUUCAUAUAUAGAUGGUGAUUUGGUUAUUGAUUUUGGAUUUCACUUUGAUUUGAGAUUAUUUUACAUUGAUAAAUCAAUUGUUCAUUAUGUGA